AUGUCCGCGACGCAAACGCCACUGGACCCGUUCGUGAUGUACACGCGCGCCGCCGACGCGCGUCCCUCCGCCGUCGACGCCUCGCGCUGGGCGGACUGGCAACUCUGGAAGCAGACCGCCGUGGCGGCCACUGCCGAGGUAAAUGAUGUUCUCACUACAUUCCGCGCACCGAAUUCCCCGUUUGCUGACGGACUUGUUUCAUCGCUCUGCCUCGCGCCGGCCACCCUCCUCCCGCUGUAUUUGAUAUGUGCCGCUCCACACUAUAAGUAUAAGCGCGCUGUCGAGCGCACGGACCCCGCCACCAUCCCGGAAGACGUGUGGCAAAAGGCGGCGGAAGCGGACAAGGCGAUGGAGGAAGGCCACCAGAGCUACGCGACGCUCGAGAAGCUGAUCAACGAGGCCGGGAAGCUGCAGACCGACGCGGCGCGGGCAGCCCAGCAGUUCGCGAAUGUCCAAGCGGCGAUGCAGGCUCCGACGAACCUGAACACGAACGGUCAUGUCACUCCAGCCGCCCAUCCGCUGCCGUCCUCUGCGCACGCGACAAUGUCCGCCUCCAGCGCCUCGUCGCCCGCGUCCACUGACACGGUGACCAACGGCAGUGCCGCCCCCGCGCAGCUGCCUAAUGUUCCACAACCAACGCAGGCCGUCGCCAUCUCAAAGCCCGGCGCCUCACCCCAUGUGAAUAACCCCGUGUGCGACAACUGCCGCCUCGCGGGCAACGUGAUCUGCGUGCGCGCCGCCCACCCGCAUCACCGCCGGUGCACGUACUGCUACGAGAACGACACCCGCUGCAGCUUCAAAGAGUCCAAGGCCGCCGCCGCCGCCGAAAGCGGCGAACCGUUGCAGCAACGCAAGCCCCGGGCCUCGCAGCAGCCCGUCGCCGUGCCCGUCCAGCAGCAUCAGCCCUCGGCUAUCCCCGUCCAGAACGCGCCGGCGCCUCCCGCGUCCGCCCCGCCGAUGGGACGGCCGAAGCGCAAGCGCGAGCCCGGCGCCAGCGACGACAGCGACGAGGAGAUGGGCCAGCCGAAUCGGCGGUAUACCCCGCCCGCUCCCCCGUUCGCCGCGGCCGUGCCCAUGGGAGUGCAGUCUUACGGACAGAUGUCCCAGCCUCAACCCCAGGUACAGUACCAGCCGCAGGUGCACUAUCACCAGCAGCCCGUACAAUACCAGCCGCCGGCCCAGCGUCGUGCGCCGACGACGGUCCCCGAGCGUCGCGGGUCUCAGGCUAUGACCAGCAUGCCUCCGCCGCGGGCGAACGGGCACAAUAACGGGGAACUGCAAAAGCGGGUCGGAAACGCGCAGAACCUGAUACGCACCAUCGGGUUCUUGUUCACGCAGCUGGACGACGAGCUGGGCGGGAUUGCGGACGCUCUUGCAGAUGAUGUUUGA